AUGAAGAAAGAAGAUAUUGCAAGAGGUCUGGGAAUUAGUAGCACCAAGGCGGAUUCGGCGAAUGUAGGCAACAAGGUUUUACCGGUGACUGAUUCAACGUUAUCAACAUCAACGAGCACAAAUGCACAAUGUGGCACGUCAGAGAAGAAAGAAACGCUUAAAGGGGACAGAACCAAAACCCUGUCAAGAAUGAAGGAGCUUCUGAGAUGGGCUGCUGCUUCAAAAUCAGACAAGGGUGGAAAAUACUUUCCUCGAAAGGUACGAUUUUACUUUUUUGUUUGGUUAAACUUCAUUGAUAACCAUUUUGUUUUUAGUUUUCGUUUUUUGGUUAUGCAAUUUCAAAACCGGGCAACUCUGAAAGCGGUACCAUAUGAUGAUCAACUACGCAACGAUUCACCGAAGAUCAGGUUCAGAUGGGAUUUGGAGAGCUGCUCCACCUCAUCCUCUGCCUAUACAGCACUUUCAACAGCAUCUUCACUCAAGAAUGAUCAGAUCAUAAGCCUUCCAUCUUUGAAUUCGACAAAAUUUCAACACCUGGAUGACUUGGAGCCCAGGAAAGGGAACUGGAUCACCUCAAACUCAGAAUUUGUGGUGCUAGAGCUAUGA